AUGACCUUACCGGACGGAUCAUUCCAAAUACUUCGGCUGAAAAAGGUAGCUUACUGCCCAAGCUUUUCAACGAGCCUGAUUUCCUUCCAAACCCUACGAGAUGAAGGAAUCUAUUGGGACACCUUCUCGGAGCCUACGAGGCUAGUACGGCGGAAUCAGACGAUUGGGAUUCUUCAAAGGAGAUACCAACAAUUCGUCCUGGAGUUCAGGCCAACAGCAGAAGCGGAGACCGUGAAUUUCGACACAGUCUUCCAAGCAACAAAACCUCGAAGGGCCGGGACCAAAGACCUCGCCCGGCCAGCCAAGGAGACGGCAACCUCUGGCACGCCCGCCUCGGUCACCGGGCCCACUGGCCCUCCACAAGCUAGGCCUUCGAAACGGGGUUCGAAUCAAGGGCCAAAGACUGUGGAAAAUCGCCCUUGUCACGAGAUUUGGAUCGACUGGACCGACCUUUCCGCAGACCACGAAGACUUCGUCCGUGUGAUGUUUAUCACAGACGCCUUUACAGGAAUGGUUUUCCCCUAUUUUAUGCGGACCUACCAAGAGAAGCAUAAUUGGGCUGUGUUGAGGGAUUUUGUCCAUUGGAUGAAAGACCGAUACGGCUUCGAAGUGAAGGUCGUACGCUCAGAUGGGGAGCUCUUUACGAAGAAGAUCACAGCAUGGUUACGAAAGAAGGGCAUUUCAGCGGAAAGAUCGGCUUCAAACACCCAAUCCCAGAAUGGAGGGCCGAAAGAUCGGGAGGCCUUUCUAUAG